AUGACUUCACCCGAACAGAAUGGAGAAAUUGAUUUCUUUAACAACGAUGAUGCUUUUAAUACUUACAUCAACGUGGACUUUUUGAAAAAUGACAUUAUGGAUGAGGACAUGGAGACUGGUACUAUGUCAUCAUCAGAUCUCUUUCGUUAUUAUCUCGAAGGAGAAAUGGUCAACAAGGAUUCCGAAAAUAAUGAAGAGAAUGAAUCUCCAUUAUCAUCUACGAUUGCAGAUGGCCAAAAUGACUUUACACUUGCUGUCAGUCCAACUUUAUCAGCUGCAGAUUAUACCAAGUACAAUCUACCUAUAACUCCUAUUACACCCAUCACUCCCGCUACUGAUAUUAGUGACCUUCAACAACAAUCUCUGACUAAUGCCACAGUCCCUUCGCUGGCUGUAUUGAAUGCGCAGUUAGCCGAAUUAUUAGCCAAGCUUCCAUUAAUCAAACAAGAAACAGCCGAUAAUAAAGUAAACGUUAGUUUACCCGCUCUUAGCACACACAAGGCUGAGCCUUCAAAGUCAUCAAUGGCUGCCACCAAAAGUUUUUCUAUGGAUAGUAUCAGUAACGAUGACAUGGCAGGAGACCUGAAGAAAAUGUCUUCGAAGGAAAGACGUCAACUGCGUAACAAAAUUUCCGCCAGAAACUUCCGAGUGCGAAGAAAAGAAUAUAUUCAAAACUUGGAGUCAACUAACCAAGAACAGCAGAAAGAGAUAAAUAUGCUCAAACAAGCGCUUGUAGUUCUGCAAGAAGAAAACUCGAAAUUAACGCAGGAAGUAGAACAACUACGCAAGGUCUCAUGCCAGCCCUCUGUUGUUAAAUCGCCACCAUCACCGCCGCCGACGUCAGCAUCGACUGUGCAAUCGAAAGACAACUCUAUACAUACUCGUGGAAAGCCACAACCCCAUCAAUCGCCUUCACCGAACUAUCUCAUUCCAAACGUCAACAAAGACGCACCAGCAACGGCAUCCAAGAGUCAACCGAAAUGGCAGGGUGCAGGAGUGCGUGUUCAGACUGCAUUUAUUCCUGAACUGCAUUUCGACAAGCAUAUGUUUGAACCUAAAGCUACAUACACGGACAAUUUCUGGUAUAGAACAUCCAUUGGAGGAUAUAAUAGAGACAUUAUCAAUACGUUGGAUACAGAGAUGCUCCAACAAGCCAUGUUAGUGUUUACAGUAUAUUGUACGUUGGCACAAAGAAUGACAACGAUGUUUACCGAGGCAGUAUGUGCCAUACCGCCUAACGAUAUGGCGGUGCUGUUAUACCCGGAGUUGGCUAUCGAAAAAAAGAUUUUCAAGUCGGAGGUGGCCAUUGAAGACAAAGAAAGCAUCGAUGCAAAGCCAGAUAUGAAGACAGCUGUAUCAUCCGAGGUUAUUGACGAACUUUCACAUGCCGUUGUUGAUAGUAGUACGGAAGCGUCAGUACUGGAUUGGCUUUACGAGAACAUGGUUAGAAGUGUCAUUGAGCAGAGUCAGCUCGAAGCAAGGGUUAUGGAACUAAAUAGUGAUUGGGUUAGCGAUGAAUGGGAUGAUACGGUAUUGCCUCACUUGUUCUAA